CAGCAAUGAAUACAAAUAUUUUGACAAAUGUAAUCCAAGGUUCCGCUUCUGCCUUGCCCUUUAUUAAACGUCAUAUCCUGAUCUUCCUGACUUCUGUCCGUUGCGCGCAUGCUUAGUUCUCUUUACGACUCGGCUGGCAAAGAUGGCGGAUGCACAAACCGAGAGGGCUUAUCAGAAGCAGCCAACCAUCUUCCAGAACAAGAAGCGUGUUCUGGUUGGUGAAGGUGGCAAGGAGGCCAAGGAGAAGCUCCCACGCUACCACAAGAGCGUUGGUCUAGGCUUCAAAACCCCAAGAGAGGCUAUCGAUGGUACUUACAUUGACAAGAAAUGCCCCUUCACUGGGAAUGUCUCCAUCCGUGGUCGUAUCCUCUCCGGCGUGGUGACCAAGAUGAAGAUGCAGAGGACCAUCGUCAUCAGACGUGACUACCUGCAUUACAUCCGCAAAUACAACCGCUUUGAGAAGAGGCACAAGAACAUGUCUGUCCAUCUCUCACCUGCCUUCAGAGACGUCUCCGUCGGAGACAUUGUUACCGUCGGAGAGUGCCGACCCCUCAGCAAGACAGUCAGGUUCAACGUCCUCAAGGUCACAAAGGCUGCUGGAGCCAAGAAGCAGUUCCAGAAGUUCUAAUCUAGGAUGUGCAGGAGAUGAGACCAAUUGGCAGGAAGGCUUUCUAGGCUGACCUGCUCUGAAGUAUCUGAAAUAAAGAAAAUGUUCUGUA